AUUUGGUAAUAAACUAGCAUACAUGAUUAAGGGGCAGUUUGAACAUAAACACACUGAUACGGCAAAAAAAUGCAUUAAACCACCAAGGUUUGUUGAGGUUCUUGGGACAAACAUGAUAUUUUCAGGAAAAUAUGUAAUCGAAGUAGAUGUUGAACCAUCCUUCUUAGUUUGUAAAGACAGCUUCUUUUACAUCUACUAUGUAGACUCAAGAAAAGCAAAAACAUCUAAAACUACAACUGAUAAGAAGGAUAGUGGUAAAAUGUUUUACAUUCGAGACAACAGCAGUAGCAGAAAUCCUAAAUCUUCCUCUACAAAAUCCCCAAAGGAAUACAAUGAGUAUGUUGCUAAUAUGGCACAUCUUUCAAAGUUGAGGCAUGAUGCUGGAGAAAAGCACCUCAGUAAUGUUAAAUUGAGUGUGCAGGGUUCUAAGCUCUGUGAGAUGCUCACAGGAGGCUCACAAUCUUUGGAUAAAUCUCACUUUGAGCGAUAUGUACUAGUUGUUAAUAAAGCCCAUCCUGUUCAACUAGAAUACCUAGGAUUUCUUCUGGACAUGAACCUAACAGGUGUUUUGGACUUUGAUCCAGAAUCUGCUGAAUCUGGCUUGCAUAAACGAUUUGAUGAGAGAACCACAAAUGUUCAUUUGCCUAUGCAGUAUAAAAUCACAGAGCCAGUUCAGGAUAUUGCAAGUAAGCUGAAGCUGACCAGAGCCACAAGUUGGGUGUUCUGUAAUGGAGGAGUAAAAGAUGAACCAUUCUCUGGUGUGGAAACCUGGCUAACAGAGAAAGGUUCUGGCAUUCGUGAUGUUGGGUCAUUCCUUUGCCGAAGGGAUGUGUUGCCUCACAAAAAAUUUCUCAUCAUAUUUAUUUUAUUGAGUGAGGUCACUGACAUGCGUGAUCCUCUCCUUGAGACCUUCAGUAUGUUUUUGCAGGAGCUGCAAGGUACAGAGCAAAUCCUUUGCAUUUGUGAAAAUAAAAGAGUAUACGCUAACUGGAAAGAUCUUAUCGAUAAACGAUAUGGAAAAGACAUACCUAGAAGAAGCAUUUAUGAGCUCAGUUUUGCUGAGAUUAAUGGUACUGUCCUCAGUCUGUGGUCAGAAAAUCGCAAAUCAAGCAGAUUUUUGCCUGCUGCUGGUGGUAAGGUUUUAUUACCAAAGAAAGUGGAGGGCGACAUGGAUGCAUUAGACAUUUUAUGUGUAAACCAAUGUUAAGGAGGCAAUGAAGACAAACUUGAACUUGAAGAAGCUUUUUACAAGGGAGGAAAGGUGUGCUGGUGGAACUUAUACUUUUCAGAGCAACCAGGAUCAAUGCCGUUUAUCAAACGAGAUAAGUUUGACUACAUCAUUAAUACCAUCAUUCCUGAUGUGGGCUCCCUCAGACAAGCUUGUGUUCGCUUCAAUGUAUUGCAUCAUACUGGUUGUGGAGGAACAACUCUGGCCAUGCAUGUUUUGUGGACAUUAAAAGAGAAAUUCCGUUGUGCAAUACUAAAAAAACAAAGAAGUUGGUGAUGAAGAUAUAGCACAACAGGUAGUUAACUUGUUGACAUUUGAGACAAUGGAGCAGCAAACACGACUUUCAGUGCUGCUCCUGAUAGAUGACUUUGAAGACAUUUAAGCUGUGAAUGAUCUCCAGCUGCACAUUCAAAAGAAAUGUCAGAAAAGUUUUUGACAAGUCUCCACAGGUCAUCAUUCUCAACUGUAUGAGGGCUGACUCAUAGCAGCAGACUGAAGCAACAGAUGACACAGUAUUCAUUGGUAACAAGCUCUCUGAGAAGGAACAAAUGUUAUUUGAAAAAAAGCUAGAGGAAAUUGAAAGGAUUUACACAAAUACUGAAACAUUCUAUGGUUUCAUGAUCCUGAAGAAAGACUUUUCUCCAGAGUACAUACAGGGUGUUGUAAAAAAUACACUGAGGGGCUUUGACUUUACAAAGAGAGAUGCUCAACUCAUUGCAAUACUUGUACUCAUGAAUUGUUACUGUAAGAGUGCAAAUAUAUCAGUCUCUAUAUGUGAAGAAUUUCUUGGUCUGUCAACAAGGCCAGAUUCAACUUCAUGUAGGGUUGAAGAUGGGUUUGGGAAGUUUUCCACACUUGUAACACAAUGCACAUCAACAUUUGCUGUGGAAUUUCAGGCUAUUAGAGUAAUUCACUGAAGCAUGGCAGAACAAUGUUUAAAGGAAAUUACAACUACUUUUGAAACAUACCAAGCAAAGAUCACUGACAUCCUACUGACAACAGAUGUGUUUUACAGUUGCAUUCAAGGAAAGGAAAAACUCAUGCAGGACAUUCGCAAUAUUUUGGUGAAAAGACAUUACCCUGCUGACAGUGUCCAAGCAGAUUUUAAAUUUUCACCACUUAUUCAAGCCAUUGCAAAGGAGACUCCAGGUUGCGAGCAAAAUAUUUUGCUUAAUGCAGCCAAACGCUUUGAAAAAGAUGCAGUAAUAUUCCAGCUCCUUUCCAGGUACCACUAUCUGAGGAAAGAAGACUUUCAAGAGGCAAAGGCUUGGGCAAAAAAGGCAAGAGAUCUUCAAAGGGAUUAUUCCUACAUUUGCGAUACCUCUGCACAAGUAAUUAAGCAUGAACUGAAAAAGGCUAUCAGUAAUGACAAUAAAGAUGCAAUUAAACCAGACAGAUUAAAUGAAUAUCUCAAAAUGGCUGUGGAUGCAACAUCGGCUUUCAGAGAAACCCAAGAAAUUGCUAGAAAAGAAGUUCUACUUCGAUAUAAAACAAAAAAAAGACUUUGGCCCCUAUAAUACUGCUGGUCGCCUUGGGGCGCUUCAAGUCGCUGUUAUAGUGAUAAAGAUACUGGAAAGGAUUCCAUUGUUUUCAUCCAAUAAUCAUGAUCUCAGACAGGUUCUCUCAGGUAAAUUAAAAAUACAAGAAAUGGCAAUCAAUGAUGCAAAUAAGCGAAAGAAUGCAUCCUAUUACCAUUUUCUGCAGGAUUUUUCCGACCUUCUGUAUAACCUCAGAGACAACAUAAAGAAGCACUUAGAUUUUCUGGACAAUUUCUUUGUCAACUUGAGCUCAUUCUUCUUCCAAACAGAUAACAGAGAUUUCUGGAUACAAGAAACCUUCAAGUGCUUUCAGAAGUAUGUUAGCCUCUUUUGCAAUUUAGAUUCAACGGAAUUGACUAAAAACAGGGCAUUGACCUACAUGGACAAGAUUGAAAAAACACGACAAUGGCUAGAAAAGAACAAUGCUGAUUCCUACAUUGGACUGCUUAAAUUUCUUGCCACAGAAGGAAAUGAAUCACCAAGAAGCAAAGCCCAAACUAUUGAACAUAUUGUCACUCAGUAUACCAAACUACAAAAUGAAGGGGGAUUAAAAGAUGCCAUUAACUUCAUCUAUGCAAAUAUUGUUCUAAGUAAAAUUAAACCCGGAAUCUCAGAUUCUCUGGCCCCAUGAGAAACUUCUUAAACUUCUCUGCAAAAUACUUGAACACCCUGUCCCACUCAGUAACAGCUUAGCACUGCAUUUUGUUGCAGUGAUGAUGCUAUGGCCGGAGUCCAAUGUCAAAAACAGUUCGCCAAGUUAUGUGUCACAAAUGAGAAGCUCUUUUUCAAAUGAAAUGAUACCAGUAUGCAAUGGAAAGAGAGCAGCUGUUCAUUUUUACCUGGGGAAAAGUGCAGGUUAUUGUCGAAUGAUCACUCAGAAUGAUAUUGAUACAUGUGUGAGCUCACAGCAGCUUGGAAAAUUGCAAAAUGAAAAGAUAUGGGAGAACAAGAAAAUCCAAAAUAUGCUCCACAGAGUCACUGGAAGGAUUUCUAAUCAUUGCAUUAUGGCAAACACAUCAAAUCCACAUAUGCAGGUUGCAGUUUUACCAUUGUUCAAAUGUCAGUUGUGUGGAAAUCUGGGUGACAACGUUUCAUUUUUUGUUGGAUUUUCCAUGGAUGGCCCAGUUGCAGUUGGCAUUAAGCCUGAGUCAUAGGCUCUACACUCAGACUGUGUAAUUCAUGUCAGUGAGAAAACAGGUUAUAAAACACCAGAUGAACCCAAAGUCAUCAAAUCAUAACAUCAUCAUUAUAAGGUUAAGUUUUACAGGCAUAUAUAAUAUAUUGUAUCUAGAUAGGUUAAAGAGGGUGUAUCUGGCUAAAUACAGGACAGAUUAGGGCAGUUAAGCCAGUGAAGCCAGUUUAUUCAGACUAUUUUUGCAUUUGAUGUUAAUAUGUUAUUAAAAUGUGAUUAAGAUGUGAUUAAUGUCUAGACCUAUAACUGAAACAUGUCAUACAAUAAAUUUAGCUUUAGGAUUAUUUUGUUAUCCUGUACUGUUAUGUCUUACAUUUUUAUUUUUUUUUACACCUUUCAUAUGGAUGUAUUUUGUAUUUUGAUCAUUUGUUAAAUGGGGUAGUAUGGUCUUCAUAUCUCCUCUCAUAUAUACAUUGUGUUAUAUCUGUUGUGUUAAGGAUUGAAUAAAACCAAAAAUGUAUGU